UUUGUUGAACCUUUUUUGUCUUUGCUGUUUUCAGCUGCAAUGUUCAAACACAUUAAAACAACGAAUCUUUCAACUAAGUUACAAAACUAGCCGUUCAAUUCUUUUUGCAGAAGUUCAAAAUAAAGCCAUGCCUUGGUGGGAUAAUGCUGUGGGACGUCUCUUGGGACCAGAAUAACAUUAUUGAUGGGAGCAGAUAUUCUGACCAUGUGUUCGCUCUUUUGAAAGACACCUUAAUAGUGAGGCCUUCGAGCCCAGGUCAAGGAACUAAACAAGCUUCUUCUGGUUGCGCAGAGAAACCAGAUGGUCAGUAUCUAAACUCAUCUGAUUGUUCCAAAUAUUACCUGUGCCAUGGUGGUGUCAUGUUCGAGAACAACUGUCCACCCGGUCAGUUGUACAAUGCGGAGACUAAACUGUGUGACUGGUCAGUGAAUGUGAAGUGCUGAUUACCGAUAGCUUGCUUGAAUAGUUUGGUGCAUUUAUAAUAAUUGCGACCUAUGGG